AUGGCCACUGAUACUGUCGACAGUGCAAGCUCAGCAGUCAUCGUUCGCUUGGCCUACGUUCCAACCUUUAGGGAUCCUGAAUUCUUAUAUGCUACUGUACCUAUUGCCAUUUGGUCCGAAAUCGAGAUGAGUCUCGCUAUCACCGCUGGCUCGCUUCCCACCCUGCGCCCACUGUACCGAGUCGCCGCCAAGAAGUUCAGCUGGAAGACCAGCUUCUUCAGCGCACGCAGAUCUGGUCCUGCCUCCAGAGCAACUGUCAAUAUUGGGGGUUCCGGACUUAGACUUGGCUCUUCAUUUAGUAGAAAGGAGUCAGACUAUGCUUCUUGCGGGGAGUCUGAGCGCAAGAUUGUCAACGCGGAGAGUGAGGAGUUUGUGCUUGAGGACCGGAGGCCUGUGACAGGGGGGAAAUUCAUGGAUAUCAAUAAAGAGAUUCAUGUUCAGGUUGACUAUGAGGAUGGAAACAAGAAACGAUCAUCAAAGACCGCACACAACAGAGAGCUCGAGGUACAUGGGAUAUGCGAGCAGUUGUUGCACAAAGUGGAAACCCUUGAGCAAGCGUUGGAAGUCAAGGGUGAAGAAUGCAAGAAGCUCGAAGUAACAGUGGUAGCUCAUGAAAAGAGAAUCGAGGAACUGGUCGGCAAGGUUAACCUGUUCGAAGGAGGUUCACUUCCCACACACGAGGAGCCGGAAAUUGCCGCAACAGCAAUUCGACGAUACAACGAGCAGAUCACGCAACUCCGAAAGGAGGUCGAGGGGCUCAACUGUGAGCUUGCAGAGGGGAAGAGAAACUCCAAAGCCAACAAAUAG